AUUGUGAAUGCAUUGCUUUGUCAUAUGGUUGAAUGUACCCCUGUUUAAAUACCCUGUUAUUUGUAGUGGACCCGUGCAGGUUGGAUUACAGCAGGCGUAUGGGAUAUUAUGGGUAAACAAACCCUGUGAUGAUGUCAGAGGCUUAGUGAGGAACAGGUUUAUCACUCAGUGAUGUCUGUGUCAUUUACUCCAAACACCUGUCGAUGAUUCAGAGGUCUGUGGACCUGGAGGAGAAUUCCUUGCAAAGGACAUUUGUUGGUGUACUGCGGUGAGUGAUGAACGUUCUGGAAGACGUCCCAUUUCAGACCUGUCUGGGUCCACUGGAGGAGGAAGUGCAGCUCCUGACAGCUCCGGACAUCACUGAACCAAACUGCCACCAGAUAAUGAAGGAAACUGAGUAUGGAUUCAACCUAGAGAGGUGGAUUUUAACUGGGCAGCAGCCAGUCUGUCAGGCUCCUUCCUGCCCCCCUUACUGGAUGAUGUUCAGCAGCCCUCAGGACAGUCACAGGGUCGGUUGUAGGAGCAGCGAUCCGUGGACCACCAGCCCACGGCCCCGUAGCCACAGCCUGAACUCUGCAGACCCCCGCUGGCUGCACCAUCGCACCGUCAAGUUCCUCAUAUCUGACUCUGACGAUGAAGAAGGCUCCUCCACUGAAGAUGCACCCCAACCCCCCAAGAGCAGAGAGCGGCCCCGGAGCGCUGCUCCCAAAGACCCGAUCUCCAGAGUCAAAGACAUGCACCUUGGUCCUGCCGCUCACCACUGCAAGCCUGAUUCCCCUCAGACCCUCAGAGGCCACAGAGGUUCUCUCCCAGACUGCAGACAGCCUCUACGUGCUCUGGAGCAGCACAGGUCGCAGCAGUGCAGCCCCCUCCAUCACAGCCAGAAGAACAGCAAGAAGAGGCAGCGCUCACUGAGCUCUGGGGGCAGAAAAUACUCCCAAAACACACCACCAGCUGGUCCUUCUCCAUCCAGGGUGCAGCAGCAAAGACCCUCCUCUGCAGGGCCUGUGGUCAAAAACCGCAGGAAGAAGGUCCUGACAACCAGUGGCUCUCAUGGAGUUUUCUUUGACUCAGCAGCAGAGCUUCUGUCAGCGCUCAGCCAGGAGGAGAGGGAGCUUCUUGAAACCAUCACUGAGAAGGGCUACCCGUUAUGCACGGCUAUCCUGGCUCUGCAGAAGACAGGUUAUAGGAGCCCAGAGAAAGUCUUAAAGUACCUGGUUGCCAGUGACCGCCUGUGUGAGCUGGGCUAUGAUGAAGCACAGGUGGAGGAGGCCUUGGAGAUGUUUCAGAACUGUGAGAGCAAGGCUGCUGAGUUCCUGCGCCUGUUGACUCAGUUCAAUGAGAUGGGCUUCCAGCAAAGUGCCAUCAAAGAAGUGCUUCUUGUUCAUGAAAACCACCGUGAGAGGGCUCUUGAGGAACUCAUGACACACAUGGCUUAAACAGACCAUCUCCUACAGAAAAUCACUUUCACAUAUGAAGUGAAAAGACUCCACUGAUCCUGCCUUUGCAUUCUUACUUGGACUCCGUAGAUAUAAAACAUGCGCAUAAAAAACAGAGGCAAAAACAGACACUUAGAUUUAGUUUUUUUUACCGUUUAUUUACAGCUUGAUGUAAAAAUAAAAUUAAAAAAAGUGGUUACUAAAGCACAAAUCUAGAUGUCACACCAGAUGCAGGAGGGAAACCAUGUUUCACUGGCCAAAUGCUAAUAUUCUGAAACAAAUCAGUGCUUUAGAUAGUUAACGUUUACCCCUUUGAAAAGCUGUAACCCUAAAAGAAACAACAAUCACUUAAGAGACACAGAAAUACAUACAGUGAAGAAAACUGCAACAGCAGUUAACCCUGAAGAAAAGAGACUCAAAAUGUUCACACAGAUUAAAAUAUUUACACUUUUGGAAGAAGUUUACAUUGAGGAUCUCUCCUUGUCAACUGCUGGAAUCUAUGAGAAACUGCGGCUGAGCUGGAUGACUCGAUGUGGAGCGGCUCCUCUGAACUAUCAGUGAUGGCUGACAGUGGAGUUCAACAAUCCCGACUUCACAUUUGAUUUAGAAGCCUUCGAGAGGUCUCUCUGUAAAGAGAGAAAAUUAAAAACAGUUUCAGUUUCCCUGCAGCCACAAUUAUUGAGUCUGGUAUGUUUGAGAUUUUUGAAAGAUUUACAGUUGAGGACUGAAGCUUACUGUCAGUCACAUAAUUACAUAGAUUAUCAGUUUCUAAACAUGUUUUAUAUGUAAUAAAUGCUGCCUAUAUGAUGUGGUAGGCCGAGUUUUUA